CCUCCCUUUUUCGCCCCCAAAUUUGAUGGAAAAUAUCUUCACAAAGUUCUACAAGAGAAGUUGGGAGAGACUCGUUUGCAUCAGACUUUAACAAAUGGUAUCAUUCCAACCUUUGACAUGAAAAAUUUUCAGCCAACAAUAUUCACCAAAUCGGAGAUAGCAAACUCACCUCAUUUGGACGCUAAGAUGUCUGACAUAUGCAUUGAUACCUCGGCAGCUCCAACUUAUUUUCCUCCAUAUUACUUUGAGAAUGAUGAUGGUAAAGGAAAUCAGUAUGAAUUCAAUCUUAUUGAUGGUACUACUGUUGCUGGCAAUCCGGCCUUAGUUGCCCUAAGCACAGUAACCAACAGUGCGGAAACGGAUCUAUCAUUUGCUUAUAUCAAGCCAUUGGACGUCAAAAACAUUCUACUGCUCUCGUUAGGGACCGGCACUACUGCUGAUUUUGCUGGGAAAUACACAGCAAGGAUGCAGCUAAGUGGGGUCUUGUUUCCCGGCUUUUAUAAUAAUUCGAACCCUCUUAUUGAAAUGUCAUCUGCAGCAAGUGCUAUCAUGAAUGAUUAUUACAUCUCCACCAUCUACCGUGCUCUUGGUGCUGAAACGAAUUACCUCAGGAUUGAAGAAACUGCAUUAACUGGCAAUAUUACCCAAAUAGAUAAUGCUACUGAGGCUAAUAUGAACUUAUUGAAACAAAUUGGUGAAAACUUGUUGAAGAAACAAGCUUCCAAUGGGAAUACUGAAACCAAUGAGGAAGCUCUAAAGAGGCUUGCAAAAUUGCUCUCAGAGAGGAAGAAACUCCGAGCAAACAAAGCCUCUCAAUAAUUCUAAGAUUUCGAGUAUUAUUGGUACUUAUUAUGCUAAAGAAUAAGCGCUUGUUAGAGGGAUAAAUUUCAAUAGACAUAUCCCUCUAUGCAAUAUGCUAAGG